AUGGCAUCGACAAGUGGGACUUCCCCAUUCCCGACAUCGCUGAGCGGGGUAGAGAUGUUGGAUGUGCAACACAGAGACGCCGUUACCCGUGCAGUUCUCCGACUUCUCGACACGGAAAUUGCGCGGCAGACCUAUGGUCAAAUCAUUGAUGGUGUGCCCCUCUGCGGCGUUGCCCGAGCAUUCCAAGAGGCGACCCCGGAUUCGCGCCCCUUUCAGCUUCGUCUCAUCGAGCUCACCGCCGUGACCCUCCACCAGAUUGCCGUUGUUUUGUACAAGCGGAACCUGAGACUUCAUGAUCGACACAUCACCAACCCCAGGAAUUCUGUUGAUCAGCUAACUUGGUGGCGGCAAGUUGGUGACGACGAGGGAGACGACAAGUUCCCCCCAGUCUACCGACCCGAACCCUGGCCAACCCUCUUCACGCACCCCCAGUACUGCGAUUAUCCCCAGUAUCCCGACGGUCUUGCUGACAACGUCGGUUACUGGGCCGAAGACCAGAUCUUCGGAGGCGUUGUUCUCUUUGACAGGUCGCAGCCGUGGAACACGCCAGCCGCCGACGCGCUGACGUCUCCUGAACCCAACCUCUAUUUGCAUCCUGCCAGAUACGGCUUCACACGCCGCCUCUGGCAGGUCAAAGACGAGGAGCAACGGGCCCUGUUGGAAUUUCUGCUUUCUCCAACCCCCGCGGCGGCGUCGUCCUACCAACCCGGGGCCAACGGCCCUCUACCCCUCUUGCCAACGUCGGAUCAUAGGGUACGAAUUGAUCCUCAUUAUGCCAUGUUCCGUCACAGGGUUUAUAGAGAUAUUUGGGAGCGGCCGGAACCCACAGACGAGGAUUGCUACUUCUGGGAUCGUCGCCCACGGAACUCAACCGAUUACCCCGAGGUGGAGGAUGAGUUCAGGAGCUGGGGACUGGAGAAAUAA